GUGCAGGAUACAACGACACAGUUUGCAACUGUUUUCACGGUUUCUUCUUUGAUGGCAAAAUUAAGGAGUGUCGCUCUUGUGAAAAUUGUGACCAUAUAUCUUGUCGUCCUCAUUGUCCUUCUGCAGUUAUAAAACCAGAUGAGGCAGGGCAAGAUGCUGUUGUCCUUGCACUGGUUGUAUUUGUCGUUAGUCUUGUGAUUGGUAUUGUGUCUUAUUUUGUAUGGAGAAAAUAUCGCAAGAGACACUCAACAUCUACUACAGAAUCAGGGCUUUCAGCAGCAGAAGCGCUCCCAAUUAUAUAUUCCCACGGAAUGGAACCCACAGACAAGACAAACCUAUACCAAAUGACACCUGAGGGAUUUGCUAAUGAGUACAGUGUGCCAUCGUCUACCCUUCUUCCACUACCAGACGUCACACCAGCACCUCAAGCUCAGAAGUUACAGAAUUCAGAAGUUUAUACUCUCAUAAACAGCAUCCCGUUGAACCGCUGGAAGGAGUUUGUCAGACGCUUAGGCCUGACUGAUUAUGAUAUUGACAUUUCUGAGCAAGAGAAUAAACGUAUCCAAGACGCUCAGUAUGCCAUGCUUCGUAUCUGGAUGGAUCGAGUGGGUGCCAUGAGGGCCACAAAAGAUGCAAUCUGCAGAGUGUUGAGAGAUAUGGAAUUGGGAGGGUGUAUAGAAAGAAUUCAGGAAUCCCUGUGAUAGCUGUACCCAGAUAUAGACCAAGGUCUACCAAAUGUACAAUAAUCGUUAUCUUAAAAACAAAUAUGUAAGUGUAAUGCCAUAAAGAGAUUGGGAACCUCUAAGUCUCAGCGUUUAGAACGAGCAAGUUAUCAUUUUGGCAGAAGCAUAGUACAAAACAUGAUGGAGAGACGUAGAUUUUACUGAGCCACCGAAACCAGUAUCUCAUCAACCAUGUCAGUAAAGUUGGGACACCCAGGCCUAACUAUUUGCUUACCAUUUGACCAUGGGCGCUCUUAACUUUAUCAUUUAAGGGACAUUAUACACUAGAUUUUUCUUUGCAUAAAUAUUUUGUAGAUGAUCCAUUUAUAUAGCCUAUACAGGUUUUUUUUAAUAAAAAGGUAUAGUUUUGCUUAUUUUUAAAUAACAUUGCGCUGAUUUUCAGACUCCUAACCAAGCCCACAGUUUUAGAAGAAUACUAACGUAUACCUACUGCAGCUUGCUCCUGUUUAUGUAAAGAGUCUUUUCAUAUGUAGAGGAAGGGAAUAUGUGGGGAGUGUCUUCUCGUUUUGCUAUAGAACCACUUGCAGUGGGCUUUCCAGCUACCUUUUCAACAGAGCUAAACUGGAAGCUUCUAAGUUCCUUUUUAAAAUGGUUUUAUACUGGAUUUUUAUAUCAGUAUCUGUGCAUCUUAUUCUUUAUAGAAGUGUCUAUUACAUGUAGUUAUAUGAAAAUUGGUGUAUACUGUCCCUUUAAGCAAAUUAGUGCCAAGUGUAUUUUCUUUGGAUUUUGGUAAAAGUAUUACAGAUUGGAUUGUAGCUUGUAGAUAAUGAAAUCCCAGUGGUUUAUCAUUUUCCACAUACAUUAUUGAAGUAUUGCUGUUAUUUUCUAUAAGCACAUUCAGUCACAUUUCAUAUGUGCCAUUGCUCUCUAUUUAAAGUUAUUCUCUGUAUAUUGUCACUAUGUCCAUCUACCCGGUAACCCCCAGGGUUAGAACUAACAUUGGUCCAGCCCAUAAAAACCAGCCUAUAUAUAGGCAUAUGCCCAAUGUGUACAAUCCUAAUGCAGGGGAACUUUGUAUUAGUGCAAGUUGCAGGUCCAUCAAUCUAUCCUCAAAAUCAUUAUAUUGAGCAGAAUGUAAUUUAUUACUUUUGUGUUUUAUUGAGUUACCUUUGGGGGGCCUACACAAUCUUACACCAGGGACCUCUGUUGAGUAGGUCUGCUACUGCUCUCAGCUCCUUCCCAAUUCCCUGUUCACUCAUCACACACUUUUCCUAUACUGGUUUCUUGUUAAUUGUAUUAGCACAUUCCUAUCAUUAUUUUUUUUUAAUUCCAUAACAAAUUUCCAUGUCCCUCAUUUGUGAUCUGUUAACACUUACAGAUGUUGUUAACAGCUAUACCCAGUGUUUUAUGGAGGAAGGGAAGCCAUAGCUGUAGCAAGACUGUCCACUGAAGGUUUUAGAUGGCGAAUCUUGUGUUGCUGUUUUUGACAAAUUGUUUUUCAGUAUGUGCAGGUUGGAUGGCUGAUUGAAUCGCUUUGCAUCUUUUUAUAUUAUUAACCUGUUUUUUAGGUGUUGUCUUAUUUGUAAAUCUCUUCAAAAAUUCCUGUCCCAUUGCAGAAUGUGUUAUGGCUGUAUACAUUAAUAUGCUUUAGCAAUAAAUUAUUUUUAUAUGAACCUGCAA